AUGCCAAGCUCAGGGAGACAUGCUGAGCAGUUCUUCUUCACUCUACCCCCAUACACCCUCAGCUCUCCCUACUCAGUCACCCCUCGACCCUCAUCCAAAGCCACGCCAUCCCCCUGCUACUCCCAGCCCAGCCUCUCCCAGCCACCAACAGCUACCCGUACGAUCAACCGCGAAACGCUACCCCUUCAGCCACCCCCUGUCACCUCUUCACCCCACAUAUACAGUAUAUGCCACCCACAACUCGGUCACCCCACGUCCUGCCCCAGUUUCGCCACAUUCUCUCCCCAGCCCAGCUUCUCCCAGCCAUCACCAGCCAAGCCACCAUGGAACAACCCUUAUUCCACCCAUGACAUCAACCACCCACCACAAGCCCCAGCUUCUCCUCUCCCAGCCACCCCUACACCAGACAACCACCUCACAGCCCAGCUACGCUCCAGCCACCCCUUCACCCCUCACCUCUGCAACCCCAAUCGGCAGCUACCAGUCAGCCAGCCAGCCACCUCCCCUCCACGCCACCCCAGACAACCACCCACGACUUCUCCCAGCCAGCCAGCGCCAUCACCUCCUCACUCCACCCACGCCACCCAGUACUCGCUCUGCCUGACAUGA